AUGGCCGAAGACGAUACAGAGCUAUGGCAUAGAAGACUGGGUCACGUGUCGUAUGGUACGCUGAAUGCCAUGGUCAAGGACGGAAGGAUCAAGGGCGCAACGAUGAAGACGAACGUUGCGUGUGACGUAUGCGCAACGUCAAAGCAAGUGCGCAAGUCAUUCAAGACAAGUGAAGAAGACGCUGAAACCAGGGAGAGUUCGCGUUCCGACGUGGUGGUGUGCUCCGACGUUCUCGGACCUAUCACGCCAGCGUCCAAGUCUGGUUUCAGUUACGCCGUAACCUUCAUCAUGAUGAAGAGCAGGUAUGUAACGGUCUAUCCGUUGCGAAAGAAGAGCGACGUUGCGAGUGCGUUCGAGCGGUUUUACCAAGAUGUCAAGACAACAUCUGGAACGAAGAUAAAGGUGUUGCGAAGUGACAACGGCGGCGAAUACCGGAACGAAACGAUGAACAGCUUUUGCAAGGCAAAGUUCAUUAAGCAAGAGUUCACGGUUCCGUACAAUCCAGAGCAGAACGGGAUGGCGGAGCGGAUGAACCGCACGCUGGUGGAGAUGACGCGCUGUAUGCUCAAGGAAAGCGGCCUCGACAAGUCCUAUUGGUGCGAGGCACUAAUGACAGCGGCAGACAUCAGAAACAUUCUGCCGAACGCGUCGAACAAGAACUCAAGCCCACACGAAAUGGUGUUCAAGAAGGUUCCGCGCAUCGAUCACAUGCGCGUGUUUGGUGCGCAAUGCUAUGCGCAUGUGGCGAAGGAGAAGAGAAAGAAGCUGGACGACUCAGGCGUGCGAUGUUUCUUUCUCGGCUAUGAGAAGGACCAAAAGGCGUAUCGGCUUCUCAACGCGGACGAUGGCUCGAUCGUGAUUUCAAGAAGCGUCACGUUCGCUGAGCAUUCUGUCACGAAAGCAUCGAAAAGCAGAGACACGCAGGUCUUCGAUGUCAUUGAAGAAGAUGAAAGUGUGGAGGCGUCGCUAACCGAUGAUGAAGACAUACCAGCGCCGGUGACCGAAGAAGAGCUGCGCACCCCACCACUUCGAGCGCAGAACAGCUCUCAUCACGGACCAAGUGUUCGACCAAGCGACACCAUUCCUACGCGCGCAUCCAGCACACCCGGAAGAAAUGGAGAAGAAGAGUGGAUGGUGCGACCGGUUCGAAAGAAGCGCGGCGUGGUUCGCUACGAACAAGAAUUUCCAAGCCAUCGUCGCGGUCGCUUCAAUUUGGACGACUACGAAGGUGACUUCGACUCUUUCUACUGUUUCUCGGCUGAAGAAGAUGGGGAACAAGCGUCCAGCUAUCGAGAAGUGAUGAAGAGCGGCUACAAGGAGCAGUGGCUCCAGGCAAUGAAGAGUGAGAUGAAGUCGCUUGAAGAACACAGCACAUGGAAGCUAAUGGACAUGCCACCGGGCAAGAAGGCCGUUGGCUGCAAGUGGGUCUUCAAGAUUAAACGCGAUCCAAGUGGCGAGAUCAUCAAGUUCAAGGCACGCUUGGUUGCGAAAGGGUUCACGCAGCGUCCUGGCAUCGACUAUAACGAGACCUUCGCACCAGUGGCGCGCAAGGAAUCUAUCAACACAGUGUUGGCGAUCGCUGCAGCCGAAGACCUGGAAGCAGAAAACGUUGAUGUCGACACAGCGUUUCUCUACGGCGAAGUGGAAGAGGAGAUCUACAUGGACCAACCUGACGGUUUUGAAGAUGAAGGAAGCCCGAAUAAGAAGUGUUUGCUGCAGAAGGCGCUAUACGGGACGAAGCAAGCGGCGCGGCAGUGGAACAACAAGUUGAGUCAGCACUUGGUUGAUCAAGGAUUCAAGAGCAGUGCAGCGGACCCGUGUGUGUUCGUUCGAGUGACAAGAGAGGAGUACAGCAUCAUCGUGAUCUACGUGGACGACUUGAUGAUUUUCUGCAAGACGAAGGAGCACAUCGCAAGUAUCAAGAACUCAUUGAUGGAAGAUUUCAGCAUUAAAGAUCUUGGAGAUCUCAAGUACUGCCUCGGGAUCGAGAUUCAUCGCAAGCGCGAAGAUGGAACGAUCAAGAUGAACCAGAAGGCGUACAUCAAGCGACUUUCGGAGAAGUUCGGCGUUGAGAACUGCAAGGACAUGCACACGCCGGCGGACAGUAAUUCGAAGCUGAUCAAGAUGGGUCAAGAGGAAGCGUUUGUACCAAAGUACCCAUACCGUGAGCUGGUGGGCGCUUUAAUGUACAUCGCCACAUGUACACGACCGGACAUUGCGCAUGCGGUUGGCGAAGUUGCGAAGUUUUGCGAGCGCUACGACAAGUCGCAUUGGACAGCAGCAAAGCGGAUUCUCAAGUAUCUCAAGACGACUCAAGACUUAAGCAUCGUUUUCAGCGGCAUCAACAAGGGAGAGCUGAUUGGAUUUGCGGAUGCAAACUGGGCUGGCGACCUCGACACGCGGCGUUCGACAACAGGAUACGUUUUCUUCCUGAACGGAAGCGUGAUAUCGUGGAACUCGAAGCGUCAACCAACGGUCGCGACCUCAAGUACGGAAGCAGAGUACAUGAGUCUGUACAGCGCGACGCAGGAAGCAAUUUGGCUUCGAGGUCUGCUCAAGGACCUGAACUACUGUGCCAAGAACGCGACGACGAUUUUUCAAGACAAUCAAGGUUGCAUCGCGCUGGCCAAGAAUCCUGUGUACCACUCGCGCACGAAGCACAUCGACAUCAAGUUUCACUUUUUGCGUGAAAAGGUUGCAAGUGCAGUUAUCGCGCUAGAGUUCAAGCCGACAGAAGAAAUGGUCGCGGAUGGAUUCACCAAAGCACUUCCAAGAGACAAGCACAGCAAGUUCAUCACGGGUCUGUGCAUGGCGGUGUAG